UGUGGAACAACUGGGGUAAAAAGAGAAUGAUUAAUGCCGCUUCAAGUCCUUGGAGAGUGACUGUGACAGAUAUUUGGGGUCCGCGCAGUUGGGAAGCGUUCAUUUGGCUCCAAGAUGUGAAGAAAGAAGUGUUGAGACAGCAGCAGCAACACAUAUUGCGAUGAAAAAUGUAGAGAGCACCACCGAGCAGAGAGACAGAGACGGGGUGAGAGCGGCACACGCACAGAGUUCCCCACCAAACCACCGCGCUGCGUGUGCGUCGUGAACAUUUUGCCGCUUCAGGAAGAACGAACGAAAGAAAGAAAAGGGGCUGAUUCUGGAGGAAGCUGAAGGAGAGCAGACGCUUUGGAAAAAAAGAAAAUCCGCCCGCUGCAGCUGAUUUAUUAGACAUUUAUUUAUUUAUUUUCAUUUUUGGAAAGGUGGGGAGGUGGGAUGCCAGUAUGCCGGCAUUUUUUCCUCAUCCGUGCGCGGUGAGAUUCUGCCGCCUCACAGGAGACCCCCGCAGCAGCAGCAGCAGCCGGUGUGCGAGCAACUUGAUGCGCUGAAGGUAACGCCGCCGAAUUUGCGCUUCCGACUUCCCUCUCCUGCAAUAAUUUGAUGCUGCGUGAAGCUGCAGGGCGAUGAUGAUGAUGAUGAUGAUGAUGAUGAUGAUGAUGCUGAUGCUGCCGCCGCCGCCGUCGCCGCUGCUGCAUCGGCGGGCUUUGGACGCGUGAAUCCAGCACGGGACCCUCCUCCUUCGCGAUGUAAAUUGUCGCCACUAGGUCUCUCCCUGAUUUCUGCUCUCUUUUUUUUUUUUUUUUCCUGUUUUGAUAAAUACAGUGACAAUAAUAAAAAGAUGUCUCGUUUUGACGCUCGGGGUGAGGGUGCCAGUGGCUGUGAAUGUGUCUCUCCUGCUGCGGCAGCUCCUCAGCUCAAGGCAGACUCGAGCAGCAUCAGCUGAAAAGAAAAAAAAGAAAAAAGAAACAGCAAGCUGGCAAGUGCUGUAUCACCCGACACAAGCCGGAGCAGCCUGUGCAUGUAUGUGGGGAAGGGCAUCCAUCACGCCGCGGCGCAGGGGCUUCCCAGGAACCGCCACGUCCCCACCUUCGUCCGAGGACCGCUGAGAGCUUACACCCCCCUCAUGAUGGUUGUUGGAGGGCAGCCCCGAUGCAUCCUGUGCGUGUGAAAACUCUCGGAGUACCCCCCCUACCUCCCCUCUUUUUUUUUUUUUUUUUUUUUUGCCAGGCUCUGCAUCAACAGAGUGAGAGACGGAGCAGACGGUAACUCUGUGUGUGUCAUGUUAGACGCUGGACUCUUGCCUGACAGCUCCCUGCCAGAAUCCCUGACCUGCCCUGUCUGAGUCCUUCUAUGUGCAUCUCUGCUCUACCACAGCGGCACCGGUGGUUUGUAGACAUUACAGCCCGUUUUGCUUUCCUCCUCGAACCCUACCACCACCAAAAAACAAAAAAAAAACAAAAAAAACAAAAAGAGAGUGACUGACUGUCAGUGAGCAGAGCAGAGGUCAGGAUGCAGGUCUCGUUCGCUUGCACUGAGCACAACCUGAAGAGCCGCAGUGAGGACAGGCUCUGUGGCCUUCGCACCGCCCCACCUCCCGGAGGGAGCAGUGGAGGAGUUGGUGGAGGUGGUGGCGGUGGUGGAGGAGGAGGAGGAGGAGGAGGAGGAGGCGGCGGCGGAUCAGGAGGAGGUGGCAGUGGAGGAGGAGGAGGAGGUGGUGGUGGUGGUGGUGGUGGCGGACAGGGGGGCAAUGGUAACUACACCUCCCAAGGCUCUGUGAAGAACAGGGAGGGCUCCGGGUCGCGCCAGACGCCGCAGGGCCAUGCCCACAUGAAGGAGGCCAUCGGGCGCCACAGCAACAUGAAGUACAGGAACUUGGGAAAGUCCGGCCUUCGUGUAUCCUGCCUUGGGUUAGGCACCUGGGUGACAUUUGGAUCACAGAUCUCUGACGAGAUGGCUGAGAACCUGAUGACCCUCGCGUUUGAAAAUGGAAUCAACCUGUUCGAUACGGCAGAGGUGUACGCUUCUGGAAGAGCGGAAAUCACUCUAGGGAACAUUAUCAAAAAGAAAGGAUGGAGGCGCUCAAGUUUCGUCAUCACGACAAAAAUCUACUGGGGAGGCCAAGCAGAAACAGAGCGAGGACUCUCCAGAAAGCACAUUAUUGAAGGUUUACGAGGAUCCUUAUCAAGGCUCCAACUGGAUUAUGUGGACUUAGUUUUCGCCAACAGAAACGACGUCAACAGUCCAAUGGAAGAGAUUGUUCGGGCCAUGACGUUUGUAAUAAACCAGGGCAUGGCCAUGUACUGGGGAACCUCCCGCUGGAGCGCAAUGGAGAUCAUGGAGGCGUACUCGGUCGCGCGUCAGUUCAACCUGAUACCGCCGGUGUGUGAGCAGGCGGAGUAUCAUUAUUUCCAGAGGGACAAAGUGGAGGUGCAGCUUCCUGAACUCUACCACAAGAUCGGUGUGGGAGCGAUGACCUGGUCUCCGCUUGCUUGCGGAUUAAUCACAGGGAAGUACAGCGACGGCGUGCCCGAGUGCUCCAGAGCAGCCAUGAAGGGAUACCAGUGGCUGAAGGAGCGGGUGAACAGCGAGGAAGGCAGAAGGCAGCUGGCUAAAAUCAAGGAGCUCCAUCUACUGGCAGACAGACUGGGCUGCACUGCUGCACAGUUAGCCAUAGCCUGGUGUUUGCGAAGUGAGGGCGUCAGCUCGGUGCUUCUGGGUGUUUCUAAUACUGACCAGCUCCUAGAGAACCUUGGAGCCCUCGGGAUUUUAUCCCAAAUGACCCCUCAGACCAUCACUGAGAUCGACGCCCUGCUGGGAAAUAAACCACACUCCAAGAAAGAGACGCGUGCUUGAAGACACUAAAACAAACAGUGACGGGGAUGUUGCUACGUGACAAGAAAACCUUGGGAAACUUUGCUUUUUGCUUUGCUGUAUACUCAAACUGCAUGUUCGCCCUGCAAAACAUUAUGCUUCCAGUCUGUGCGCAUAUCCAUUUUUGCGCAACAAAUCGUGUCAUAUACAACAACAAAAAAAAGAAAAUCUCUCUGAGCUGUGAAAAAAAAAAAAAAAGGGAUCUUGUAUUUCUAUCCAUCAGUCGUUCGCAGACUUCAUAGAGCCAGAGCGACAAGCUUCUGCCGUCCAAAAGAAACAAGGAAAGGUUUUCGCAAACAUUCAGCUGCGGUCAAAGCACAUGAAAUGGCUCAAAGUGGAAAAGAAAUCCCACUUUUUUUUCUUCUUUUUUUUUUUGGCUUGAAUGCAACGUUACUGGGUAAAUGGUGCUUUCACUGGACAUGCGCGUCUGCUCGCCUGUUAUUCUGUAUGAUGUUUAGUAGCCGGCAGCCAGAGAGCCAAAGGUUAGCACCCAUGUGUCUAGCAGAACAUUUCCCAUCAUGUGCAUGUGACUGGUCCGCAACACUCGCUGCUUUACAGGGUUGGGAACGACGUGUGGAGUCCCGAAAAAACAAAGAAAUCCUCAUACACUCUAGUUUAAAAGAAGGUACCAAAUCUCAUGAUAAGUAGUGAGCAGUAUAGCGAAAAAAAGCUGAAUCAACCAUUUAUUGUGGUUAGCAAAAGUCACUUUAAAGAAAUGCAAAUAGAGUACAUUAGUGGGUGCAGUUUAGAGAGACUUUCCCAACCCUGCUGCUUCCCCAGCAGUCUUUUAGCCUCCUCUGUUCGUAAACUGUGCGCAUGUCCCUUUAAGAGAGAAUUAGCCCUAACCGGGCGUAAAUGUGGCAUGGCUUUUACAGCUUAUGUAGAUUUGCAGUGCCCUUGUAAGCCAUUGUUUUUGUUAUUUCUCUUGUUUUUUUCUUUUUUUUUACUCUAAUAGUCCUGCAGUUUGAUCCAGCCCCACUCCUGCUGCGGCAAUCCUGGGACACAACCGUGUCCGUCUGACGUUAUAACCUUCGUAUCGGCUUGAACUGUACAGGCAAUUACCGACAAGAAGUAAAUAAUGUAAAGAUUGUUUCUGUACUUUAUGAUAAAGGUUGAGACAGUUGGAGGAUGUGAGAAGGUCACAUAGCUUUGGACACACUGUGGUGAAACUGUAUUUUUUCCAGUCAUAGGAAACAAGUUUAUUUACGUAAACAGGAUACAAGGAGCCCCCGGGGAAAGAAUUAGCAAAUGUAUUUUUUCUCUUUGUUUCUUUUUUUUUUUUCUUGAGAUUUAAAAUAUAGCUUCUCUGCUCAUAUCUCU